AUGUGUGAUGCAGCGGCAAAGGCAAAUUCAUAUGAUUACUUGGAGGAAGCCAAUAGCGGGGAUGAGUUUGGGAAUGUUAUGGCUGGUUUUACAUCUCAAUUAGGGGAGGCUACUAAUACAGAAGCAGAGUUGAGGGCUAUUAUUGAAGGUUUGAAGGCCCGACCUUACAACCAUGGGUUUUAUCUAGGUCCAUCAUUUAAUGAUGCUGAAUCUAUCGAACAAACGGUAGUGGGUCAGCUAUUCCCUUGUACUCAAGGCCCUCCGUUUCUGAACUCUUUGCCACUGAGGCCGAUUCGCGAGAAAGAUUUAUUAGAAAUCGCGCUUCAACCCCCAAUUUUCGACCUAGUGCUUUUUCCUAUUGCUUUGAGUUUUCGGUCUUCUGAAUAUAAUACAUUUGUUUUCCCGCUUGGUCCAAUGUCUAUUACCUUAAAGGACAUUGGAGCCCUAGUAAAUCUUCCGCCCUUAGGAGAUACCAUCUUUCUUGGUAUUUUGAUUGCCGGUGUAGCCCCUAAGUUUGACAAAAAACUCACUGAAUCCUAUUCAAGCAUGCAAGGCCUUUAUAAUCAUUCUACCGCUGAACCUUCCCAUGCUGAGCGUGUGGUUUUUCUUCAAAUUUGGAUCUGUAAAUAUAUUCUUUGCGUUUCCAGUAUGAAGCCAUCUAUGAGUUACUUACCCAUAGCGCAUGAAUUGGUAUAUGGUAGGCCUUUGAAUUUAUGUUCCUUCUUUUUAGCCAUCUUUUAUAGAGGCAUGACUUCUCUUCAAUUUCAAUUAAAGAAUGGUGCAUCUCCUACUAGCAGUGGACCCCUUUGA